AACGUUUUGUACAAUAAGUUUAUAACACACGACUUUUAUACUUAAAUAGAGGAACGCUCAAAAUUAUUUAGAGUCGGAUUCACUCAAAAUUAUACCAAUAACCCAAUAUACAAACCAAUUCGAGGAGGAUCCAGUAAAACAAUAUGAGUGCCUUAAUGCACCUCCUUCGCACUUACUUCCCCAAGUGGUGUCUUCCGCGUGCCGAUCGUCACGCGCAGAAGCACCUGCAGCACCACAUUUUCCGGCAGCUCCAGACGAACCACCCAACCACCGCACUGGUGGCCAUCAAGCCCACUGAACAGGUGCUGCCCAAGUGCAGGUUCAUGCAGUACCGGCGGGCCAAUGAGCACCUGAAGCGAUUGGGCAUGGUCUCCGAGGAUGGCAACAAGAUGGUGGAGCUGUCGAGCGUCACCUGUGCGGCUGCCAAUAUGAUGGACUUCAUCCAGCAGAGGUACUGCAUGGUCAGCCUGCUGGAUAGCGUGCAAUACAUGACGGUCGAGGAUGUGGACGCCGUGGAUCUGCGCCUGCUGCCGCCCAUCGAAUCACCCGGCAAGAUCAUCGGCAUCGACUGCAACUACGUGGACAACUGCGAUGAGCAGCACAUCUCCAUCCCCAGGGAACCGAGCUUCCAUGUCAAGUUCGCCACCUCGAUCACCGGCGCCUUGGACAACAUCAAGGCCCACAGUUUGGUCAAACACAUUGACUAUGGCUGCCAGUUGGCCGUGGUCAUGGGCAAAAAGUGCCGGGAGGUGUCGACCAAAGAGGCCCUGAAUCACGUGUUCGGAUUCAUGGUGGUCCAGGACAUUGUGGCUCGUGAUUGGAACGCCCUACUCGGUGGUCACUCGAUGGAUACUUUCCUUCCUUUGGGACCCACGAUCGUUCACCGGUGUCAUGUGCCCGACAUCAAUAACCUGUGGAUCAAGACGAUUGUCAAUGGGGAGGAGCGCCAGACGGGCAAUACCCGAAAUAUGAUAUUCAAGAUCGACUUCCUUAUACACCGCCUAUCCCACUAUUUGACUCUCUGUCCGGGCGACAUCAUACUCACGGGCACGCCUGCCGGAGCGGGCGCCUAUCGUCAACCGUCGUGCUUUCUGAAGCCCGGCGAUCUUAUUGAGAGCGAAAUUCAAAAUUUAGGCAGAAUGUGCAAUAAAGUCGUAAAUCCUUAUUCUUAA